AUGCGCAACAUUCUAGACAAAGUGUACAGAGAACUGUCUGUGACAAAGACUUUAAUGGCAGAGAGAGAAGAACUUCGUAGAGAUCAAGAAGAUUUCGAAUCUCGAGCCUCCGCGAUUCAGCAUGAAUACAGCCUGCGUGGACACGAUUCAUCACAUGUCGACAACGACAACAACAACAACAACAAGAUUAACAAUCAAGAACAUCUACGCGGAAGUGAACAGCGACAGCAUCACCGGAAAAUGCUGGCAGAUGAUGAUGGUCCUCCGGAAGGUCCCAUUUCUUUCAAUCGUGAAAGUGCCAUGUUUGAAGCGGUUUCCGAUAUGGACCAAGCAUUUCCAAUCUUGGAUAAUGCAACAAUUUCUACCGACAAUACAACAGCCACCACUUCCGUUGGCAAUGGUAUGUCGAGUCAGCUAGAUGUCGGUGCUUGGUUGCUCAUGGUCUUGGUCGUGGGAUUCGCCGUCUUUGGGGUUGUCACCUAUCGGAGUAGCCCACGAGGACGCAGGCGAAGAGGAUCGAAUGACUUCCACUACAGAAGCGUUACACUGCCAGUAGUGGCGGAGGACGAUGACUGGGGUUCCGCUUGA